AUGAAGGAAGGGUUUCUUCGACGCGGCUCCAUUCCCGGCGUCAUCGGAUGCGUGGACGGCAGCCUUAUUGCCAUCAUCGCACCGAAGGGCGAGCAGACGGCAGCAUUAAUUUGCCGCGAAGGCUACUACACCCUCAACACAGUGUUCAUCUGCGACGCAGGCAUGCGGAUCCUCGCCGUCGACGCUCUGCGACCAGGGUCAGACCACGACGCCUACGUCUGGAGAACUACGUGGUUGUGUCGUCGGUUCCAGGAGGAACAUAUUGCCAAGGCCGGCGAACACCUCCUCGGUGACAGCGGCUACCCCACGGAACCAUCGCUCCUGACUCCGGUCCCAGGCCACCCUCCCAUGCACACUGCAGAAGGCAGGUACAACACUGCACAUGCUGCCAUGCGGUCCUUAGUGGAGCGGUUCAUUGCGCUUCUGAAGAGCCGCUUCCGCUGCCUUCAGCGGUACCGCGCCCUCUACUACGAACCAGAUUGUGUUGCCAACAUCGUCGCAGUAUGUGCAGUGUUGCACAGCUUGUGUCUUGAUGAAGGUGACGUGUACGUUGAUGUCAGUGAUGACAGCAGCAACAGCAGCAGUGAUGAUGAAAAUGGCAACCCCUCCCCACAGAGAUUUCCCCGAGUGAGGGCAGCACGCAUAAUGUAUCUGAAAGGCUGUGCUGCCGGGACACCGUUAUUAGACCAUUUGGCCCGACUCGGCAGCAGCACCAGCACUACCUUAAAAGGGUGCGAAGGCGGCUGCUUCGACAGCAGCACCUACCGCAGCAAUAGACACAUGCCUGACACUGCAGUGAGCUGGCACUACCCGAGAUGA